AUGAAGAUCCAGGUGGCACUGGAUGAAGCCGGCAAGGCAAAGCCGGUGCCACCUCCGAAGCCGGCCGGCGAGGGAAGCCGGCGGCAGCACAACCAGCAGAACAACAAGCGCAAAGCCGAUCAACCGGCUCAGCGCUAUGACAACCGGCUCGUCGCGGCCGCCGAGCAGGCGCCCGCGGCCGAGCCGGCCACCAAACGCUGGAACACCGGCAAGACGACAUGGCAGCCCACCAUGAGCUUCGAGGAGAUGCUUGACGCUCCCUGCAAGCACCACAGCGGCGCGAGGCCGUCCACGCACACGCUCCGAUCGUGCGCCAUCACCAAGCGCAUCGCGAGGGGCGACAUCCCGCCUCCUCCGGCUCUGGCUCCGGGAGCAAGGCAGCCUCCUCCGCCACCGCCACUGGCCGGCGGCGCGAUGCGCGACGACCCCUACCCGGCCCAGAAGGCGACUUAA